AUGGAUGUAGAGGAGAAUCCAUGGUGGAUGAUAAAUCUGACUGCUGUUCACUGCAUUAGAAGAGUUGCAAUCAGAAAUAUCGAUGACCUUCACGAAAGCACUAGACUGAAUUUAAUGGGUGCUGAGGUAAGCACUAGCUUAAGUAACACGCCCAGAGUUGAUGAGAAGUGUGGUUCUAACGUGACUCAGUAUCAAGCCUUGAUCAAUGAUUGGAUUGACUUCACCUGCGAUCUGCCCAGACUCGCACAGUAUGUGAGAAUUGAAAUUCCAGGACAGACAGCUCUUAUACUCUGCGGAGUCAGAAUAUGGCCUUGUGAUCUGCACCCAGCAGCCCUUAAUUUGACUGAAAAGCGAAGUUACCAAAGCUCGACAUCAGGAAAUUCCAUUGCUAGCCUAGCCUUGGACUAUCUUCCUUCUGAGCCGUAUUGCAGCGAGACGGUUAAUGAAAUGAACCCAUGGUGGAAGUUGGAUCUCGAAACGAGUCAAUGCGUCGGGACAAUUCGAAUUUGGCCUACUGCACAUGGGGCCACUUUGCAGCGUGCAUCUCUACGUGCAGGUCUGAGUGAUAAUCACACGAGUAAUGUGGAGUGUAAAACCAGUCAACCCCAACCUUCACCCAAUGACUUUACGGAGUUUACCUGUCAUCCGCCUGUACUUGCCCGGUAUGUCAGCGUCGAUAUACCCGGAAUGGCAAGCCUUGGACUGUGCGAGGUGACAGUAGCUGCGUGUGAUUUCAACCAAAAAGUUAACUCUGUGGAUUUCACUGUGGUUGUCAACCCUGCUCUCAUUGGUCCAACUGGUGAUGACGAUUCAGUAAUCGCAGUGUACAGAGGACCAGACGAUUUUGCGUCUAAUGUCUCAUUCGGUCGCCAAGUCACAACUGGACUUCCAUCAGGUUCAGGCGAGAUAGUGGAUUCAUCGUUGGGAUGUACAGUGAGAUUGCUUCAAUUGCCAGAGGAAGGAGGUCUGGACAGGACGGGUGUGUUCUACGCAGAGGUGACCAAGAAUGACGUAGUCACCAGGAUACAGAGCGUUGUUCUACCAAAAGAUGGUACAGGCAGUAGAGUUCACAUAGGUCCAGCUACUCGCACAAUGACAGCAAGCAUAGGAGAUUCAGUAACGCUGCAAAUGCACAUUGUCAGCUCACCAAACAACCACUACAGAUGGCGGCACAAUGGAGGCGAAGUCAUGGAAUCUUGGAACGACCGUUUGAGUGUAUCACUGUCCAGCAUAACUGAAAGUGAUGAAGGAAUAUAAACUGAAAGUGAUGAAGGAAUAUACAGCUGCUUUGCUGAAGGUUAUGAGGCUAUGCGACUCCAUGGUAACAUGAGGCUUAUAGUGAGAGGUUGUUCUUCUGGACUUUGGGGUCCACCUUUGUGUCUGAAAACCUGUCGACGAUGCUACAGCGGCGGUGUAUGUGAUGACAAGUCUGGUACCUGUGUGUGUGCUCCAGGGUUCAGUGGAGACAAUUGCGAGCAAGCUCACGGUCGUCAUGUAUUUGGUAAAACUGCUGAUCAGCGAUGCUCCAGUAGCACUGAUGCACACAACGAUGCUUGCCGAGGGCGUUUGUUCUGUCUACCAGACCCUUAUGGAUGCUCCUGUGCUGCAGGUUACCAGGGAUUAGACUGUAUGCAAGAAUGUGAAGACGGGACGUUUGGUGCAGAUUGCCAGCAGACUUGUCACUGUGCAUCAGGAGGAACGUGCAGUAAAGAUACAGGAGAAUGCAGCAUGGGUUGUGCGGCAACAUUUUUUGGAAGUAACUGUCAGUGCUCAAGUAAGAAAGAAUUGGAGAAUAAUCAGUCAAUGUUAUCAUACGAUUGGCAAACAAACAUCAGAACAUUUCAAUGGACGAAAAGCUAUAGUUGAAGAAAAAUCAAAACAUAAGAAAAAAAGAAAACUAAAGGGGUAUUUUUCAGCCCUGCAGAGUUUAAUUUUUAUUAAGAUUUUGUCAUUGGCGUCUUGUGAACGAUGUAGUUUAUUUAGGUUAUCUAGGUGUUGUAUUUACCUUUGGAAACCUGAUUUGCAUGUUGGAAAUCCACCCGUUUCGUGGUAUAGCAUUUGGGGAUUUUACAAAGACGUAAAGGCUCUCUUGUCUUGAGGGUUACAUUUUUCAUUGGACUCAAUACUGUCAGUAAGGCAUUGAAUCGAUUCAUGCGCUUUCAGCUCAGAAUGACGUGUUUGGGCCUGAAGUAAAGUCAUGCGAUCCUCAUCAACCAAAAGUCGUUACCCCCAACAAACCCUUACCCCAAUGCUAAUCACAGGAAAACCAGUAAAAACAGGACGAUAUUUUGAACAAAGCAGGUGUUUGUUUUUAUUCAAACGUACUCCAUGCUGUUGUGAACAGUGCGGUUUAUUUAAUUAUGUGUCUAAAUGCAACUUUAGCAUUAGGUUGGAAAUGUUCGAAAUCACAAGCAGCUGCUAACAUGGAACUGAGGAACAGGGUUCCAAAGGAUUGAUCUCCGCCCCCCGUAAAGUUUGGUAAAUUACACCCCUUGGGUGUCAUCUACGGGAACUGCACGAAGCAUUAAUAGAAUAAAUUUGACAAUUUUUAGUAAAGAUGUCGGGGAUUAAUUUCACAAAAAUGAGGGGCUUGUCAAGUUUGAACAAGCAAACGCAUGUCCAAAUUUGCCACUCCUCCAUUAGAGACAAAAGGCGGAAUGGAAGGCUUGAUUUUAAUUCAUUUAUUUCUUGUUUUGGUUUUGAUUCACACAUUUUUUUGUCACGACCCCAC